UCCAAUUCCGGGAACAUCCCAAAAAUAAAAGGCCGUCACAACAAACAAGCAGAGCUGCCUGUGACGCAAUCGGAACUUUACAAACCCAUCUCGAUCGAUACCCUGUGGGUAGGACCUUCAUUAAGAUACACCUCCUCCCUCUCCAUUCUCCGCCCUCUUCAAUGGAAGCUUUGCGAACUUGGGGAAGGUGAACGAAAGCCCUUUUCCAUUUCAUGCAAAUAUUGUCAUGCAGAGAUCAAUCCUGCCAGAUUGUUUGGAAAAAAAUUAAGCGAGUAUGAAUGAUCCUUAUGUUUCCUUUCAGGAAAUUCCUACCUUGCAGUUGUACAUUCAAUAGGAAUUCCAGUUCCGUUGGGAAUUUGUGUCUCUACCUCCAAGAUCGAAAGCAUGCGCCCGAGGGUCCGUAAGGCCCUUCUUUCCUGUUUUCUUGCGAUCGUACUCUACGCUUUCUUUUCUGUUCGUCUCUCCCGCAAGGCAAUCUCGGUGGGAGCGGUUCGGUACUCGACGUCCAAUCUCACUGUUCGAUCAAAGAUUAACCCGGAUAGUCUCAACUAUGCGGUCCAAGAGAAUCAUCAUGACCGUGAUGCUCAAGAACUCAGCCGCCCCCGCACUCGCCACGUGUCCUCUGUAUGGGAUUCUAUCGCCACCCUCUCGGUUCUCUUGCCAGCGUGGGAGGUCCUCGUGAUCGUUCCGCCAGAGACUCCCCUCUCUCCCAGUUUCAGCGAGGAGUACCGGUGUAUAUUCCAAAAUAACGCCACAUCGACUGCGACUUUUUCCGGGGUGUUGGCGUUCACGAACCGGACCACGUUCAAGUGCGUUAUGCCGGACAGCGUUCGCCGUCUCCGCCCGUUCUUGCAGCCGAUUCUCAUAAAACAGUCGGAGAACGAAUCUCCAGUAACGAAACCAAUGCCAGAGCUGAUCAGGUGGAAGUUUAUGGCGUACGAUUCGUUCUCGACGGAGGACGACAUCAUUCUGUUCGUGAAGGGGGUGAACCACCGUCAGGGACUCAACCGGUAUCCCCAGGAGUUCCUGUGUGUGAUUGGCGACGGAACUACAAGCUUUGUCAAAACCGCAGUUACGAGCUCCAUCCAAGAGGUAUUCAGGUGUCCUCACCCCAAUCUAAUGGGAGUUAUUUCUGGCGCCGACAGCGAGCGAAUAAAAAUCUCCCUCGAAAUCGUGACGGAAAAUCUGGUGGUUCCAUCGGUUGCGUACUACACGCCCCGACGAAGCUUAGGCAUAGGGAGACCAGAAGAACCGAGGUCAAUAUUUUGUGCAUGCACCAUGGUUCACAACGUGGCUAAGUUCUUGAAAGAGUGGGUCGUGUACCACUCCAUGAUCGGCGUCCAAAAGUUCAUCCUCUACGACAACGACAGCGACGACGAUCUUCAACGCGUCGUUGAGGAGCUCAAUCAAGACGGUUACAACGUAACGACGCUGUUUUGGAUUUGGCCCAAGACACAGGAGGCUGGGUUCUCACACUGUGCGGUCUACGCUAAGGAUUCGUGCACUUGGAUGCUGUAUGUUGAUGUCGAUGAAUUCGUUUUUAGUCCCUCGUGGGAUCACUUUAAGAAACCUUCCAAUGACAUGCUUACCUCACUUCUACCGAGGACCCCACAGAAAACGCCCUCGUCUUCGUCAUUGUUGCCUUCAUCACACCGUUGGAUCGGCCAAGUCGUUCUGAGGUGCAACGAGUUUGGCCCGUCGAAUCAGACUUCGCAUCCAGCGGAGGGUGUAACACAGGGGUACACGUGUCGUCGGAAGAUUGAGCAGCGGCACAAGUCCAUGGUGCUGUUGGAUGCAAUGGAUCCGACGUUGCUGAACGUGAUACACCAUUUUCAGUUGAAGGAGGGGUUCAGGUCAAAGACAAUGAGCAUGGAGGACGCAGUGGUCAACCACUACAAGUAUCAAGCGUGGUCCGAAUUUCGAACCAAGUUCCGGCGGCGAGUCUCCGCAUAUGUCGUGGACUGGAUGGAAGCAGUCAACCCGAAAUCGAAGGAUAGGACACCCGGUUUAGGUUUUGAAGCCAUAGAGCCUAAAGGCUGGGCCCAGAAGUUCUGUGAGGUUAGAGACGAGAGAUUGAAGUUGUUGACCCAAAAGUGGUUUGGGUCUACUGGGUCGCACAGAUAUGGAAGAACGGCUUGGUAGAGAUGAAUUACUUCGAGGUUUAAACAGGCCCAAUAACAAUUGUGUCUAUUUAUUUGAUUUUUUCUCAAAUGUUUUCGUCUUCAAAGUUCAUAAAGGUUUGGAGACGAGUUUUAAAAGUUAAAACAGUUGUAUUGGUUUAGGGGGUGGGGCCGAGGGCAGGCGUUAUGGUUGGAUUUGUUGGUGGGAGUCUGUGUACAUGUACGAGGUACCGACUUACCAAACAGCGAGAAGUAGCAGGGUAGGUUUUCUCUAGUACUGUUUUUUCUUUUUCUUUUUUAAACCUUAAAAGAGAGGAUUAUCCAUUGCAUUUUUUU